AUGCCCGUCCCCCCAACCCUCACGAGCUACCUCCCCGUCCUCCUCGUCUCCGUCACCCGCAACGCCGUCCCUGACGACUCGUCCUUCGAUACCCAGCCCGAAGGCCAGGUCGACUACCUCUCCCAUGACUGGAAGGAGGAGGACGUGUGGCGUUCUUGGCGCAGUAUGACCCGCCAGAAGAACGCCAUCGCCAACGGGAUGCGUCUGGAGAACGCGAGCUGGCGCACCUGGUGGAAGCAGCGCAACAACCUCAAGACAAUCAGCCCCGAGACUCUCAAUUGGCUCAAAGACUCGGACGUCACUUGGCUCUACGGGCCUCUUCACAUCGGCAACGACUGGACGGAUUACUCCCAACGCAAGCUCCCCAAGGGUCUCGCCGCCAUCCAGCGUAAGACAAGCACCGACGCGCUCCCGGGCCCGUACAAGAUCAAUACCACCCCCACCGCUCAGCCCACAAAGCCUAUCCUCAAACGCCGUAGCAUCAGUCAGCUGCUUUCCCUCCCCGCAAGUUCCUUCUUUGCCCAGUGCGACAGCGACGAGGAGGAUUGCGAUUACCUUCAGAUCGAGCCAUGCAGUGGUACGCCCUCUUCACGACCGAGUCUCGUUCACACCAGGAGCGACUCGCACAUCGCCGUCCGCGGCCGCCCAUACCGCAAGGUUUCGCCCCCUCGCAUCAUCGCAGAGGAAGUAGAGCCCGUCGUGAGCCUCUCCGCACCGUCACAGGCCCCUGCCUCAAGCGACGCGUCAGGCUCCGCAGGGAGCGACCAGGAUCUUAGCGGGCAGUCGAGCACCGAAGGCCCAGUCAAGAAGAAGCACAUCAGCUUCAACACGUUUGUGGAGCAGUGCAUCGCGAUCGAGAAGCCCAAGCCCAUGCGUUCCUCGACUGGUUCGUCGCGCGGCAGCAGGGUGUUCGACGCAUACGAUGAUGGGUACGACUCUGAGCUCGGGUACGAUGGCGAGUUUGACGAGCCUGCGCUCUACUACUUCAAUGAUAACGCUGUCAUCGGCUCCGACUCUGAGGACGAGGACGAUGACGAUGGCCUCAUUAUGCAGACCGCCUCCUCCCGGUCCCGGACGAACUCGAUAUCGUCAAUACGCAAAGCGUCGAUGGCGUCCACGCUCACUCUGGAUCCUUCUGCGCCUUCACGUCCUCGACCCCCUCUGGUUCGCCGCGCUUCAACAGAUAGGGAACACUUCACCAUCGCGCCCAUCGCGCCAACGCUGUUGAAAAGCACUGGAGUCGGCAACGAGCUCAUGCCAUUACGGGAAGGCAAGGCCCUCGACUCGCCGAAUGACGUUGAUCUCGUCUACGUGCCCAACGCCGGUCACUUCGGCGUGUCGGGUACCCCCAGCCAUGAGGACGUCUACCACCACCGCGAAUCUUACUUCAGCGUCGGCACCACCCGGUCGUACCCCCGCUCUCCACUCCCCCGAUCUCCCGCCCCCGGCUCUUCCCCACACAUGCCUAGCGUUGGUAUGCCGCCCGAACAGUCGCAGGGCGUGCCAAUAGCGCGGAACACAUCCGAGACGUUCUUCGCUUCCCAUCAGGUGAACGAGUCUCCGAUGGACAUCGACGAUUCACCUGUCGAAGGCGCCUACGACUACUUCGGUGGCCCCGACCUUGGAGAAGAUUUCAGCUACCCUCACGGUCAACGGAGAGUACGGAGAGGUGACGUUCGGAAUGAUGACAGCGAGGUGGUGCGGUAUUCUGAGGAUGGUGCGGCCAGCGCAGGUAUCGAGAGGAAUGACAGCUGGAGACCAAGUCCUGCCGACUCUCCCAGUGGCGGCAACGUGGACAUGCCUGUGGUGGUCGUGAACGAGGUCAACGGUGCGGUUGAAGAGCGGCAAGAGCGUUCGCGCGAGAGCAGUCCUUCGCGCUCACCUCAGCUUCGCCGGCUACCAGAGCCACAACCGGACCUUGCGUCUUCCCCAUCAUUAACUACCUCCGCCGCUAUCCCCGUCCCCAUGCAUCGCCCGUCCCCAUACACGCACAUCGCUUCGUCGGCUUCCGCAACUGUCACUCAUCAGUCAAUGCCUCCGUCAAGUAUCUGCGCCGACUCCUCCCUCCUUUCCCCGCCCGACAUGGACUCUGCUCGUGGCCGCACAAUACAUGUCUCGCCCUCGGUCAGCGGCAGCACGACCACCGGCUCCUCAUCCUAUCACUCCUCCGACUCUCGCUCGGGCUCGUCCUCCCGUGGACGGUCAUCGACGCGCAACUCGUCGUUCUCUGACCGCGAACGGUCGGGGAGCCAGGGUGAAAGCCGCUCAAGGAGUCGUAGUCGCGGGACGAGCUCGCCUCUCGGCAGCAUCUCUCCCACCGGGAGCGCCAUCGGCAUCGUCGCCACAUCUGGGGCGGUCAUCGUGGGCGGUCGCACCCGCGGGCGGGACGCAGACCGCUCGGGUCGCAGGAAAGGCAGCGAAGAGGAGCGCGGAAGGGAGCGCGCGGGCCGCCGGCUGGAGAACGGUGCGAGCGCGAGCAUGAGCCCGCCCAGUCUCGUCUCCUCCCCUGCACGCGGCAACUCGGACGAAAGCCCGGUGUUCCAGUCGUACUCCCCGUCGCUCGUCGCGCGCUCGGGCUCCGGCAAGUCCGUGCCCAGUCCGCCGUCGUCGGUUUCGGGCUCGAGCACGGAGACGGCGAGCGUGUCGACGAUCGGCCCUGGGGAUGUGCAGGCAGGUAUGACCACUCCUACUGCAGCCUCAUGGACUUCAGCUACGCCUCAGACGGAGGACGCCGACAAUUCGAAGAUGUCAGUGGAGCUCGCCACGCCGAAGAAGCCAACCCUGCCGUCCCCGAUCGAGGAGGAAGAAGAGGAGGAAGAGACGCUCCGGUCAAGACAGCCCACGCCCGCGAACUCCCCCGUCGCUGCGUUCCGAAUCGCAGUGCCCCCCGCUCAGAAGGCGGCCCCCGUGUCGUCGCCCGUGUCUGCUUCCCACGAGCCCUCUCCGUCAACAUCCCGCACGUCGACGUCGACGUCUUUCAAGAGCACCGACGACUCCGACCCCGCGAGUCCGGUGUCUCCCGACUCGCCCAAGCGGUCGAGCGGUGGACGGCAUCCGAGCAGGUCGCAACGGGUGUCAUUCGACGGGAUGCAGGAGCAGGCGGGGACGCUUGUCAACCGCGCGGCGGAGAUCGUGCAGAGCGCAAGGGGGUUCUUGGGCUCCAUCUGGAGUUCGCAUCCCGGGCAGAACCAACCCGCUGCGUGA